UGAAGUUGAUUCAGUUUGCAUCGCACGCUCAAAAUGACACGCAAACUUCUGUUUUUUGCUCUAGUCAUGUGCGUUGACGCGAAAUUGACGAUCUAUUUAACCGACACGCCUAUCACGAGGAUAGGAACACGAAUUUAUAGAAAGGAACUACUAACAAAUGAGUAUCAGAGUCCUAAAGAGCUAGCUUACGAUUCUUCUAGCAGAAACCUAUUUUUCAUGUACAUGGACGAUGUGGCACAGAACUCAAGAAGGGCCUACGUUAAUGUAGUGACAAAACAAACGGACAAAAUCGAAGGGAUACAAAGAAAUAAGGCUACAGCUGUAGAUUCGGAAUCAGGUGAUGUCUACUUCGGAUCUGAUGAUGGAUUAUACAAAUACGAUCCUUUAAUUAACGUAGCUACAAACAUCGGUUUAUACAACAUGAACAUUUUCAAAAUAGUUAUAAGGAACAAUGAAAUGUACUUAAUUGAUGCUAACGAUCAUAUGCUAUACAAGAUAUUUAACGAAGGACAAACAGCGGUAAGAGUUGGUAAUUUAAAGACUGUGAUGGAAUUUGAUGUGGAUAAUGAGAAGAACAUUCAUAUAGUGACGAUGUGUGGUGUUUUCUGUGCUUAUAAUAGUCAAGAAGUAGUGAAAAACAAGGAUUUGAGGGUUGUAUACAACUUUUUCGUUGAAGGCGACACGACUUUUGGACUAUCCGAUGAUGGUAUUCAUGAAAUUAAUUGUUUUAAUGGCACAGCGAGAAGAGUAGCUAGCAUAGAUUUUAUUCCUACUAGUAUGAUCUUUGGAGACUACGGAGAUAUAUUUUACAGUAUUGAUAAUGAUAUUUAUAGGUUAAGGCCAAUUAAUUCUUAUCAUAUUUACAAUAUACGCUCUAAGACUUAAUGUUUGUAUUUGUUUAUUAAAGUUUUCAUAUUUAUUUAA